AUGGCAUCGAAUAGACUCCGAAGGAUUGCGAAAGAGCUGGCAGACAUCCAGAGUGAUACGGACUCUAGGAUCCAUGCUCAGGCAGCAGAUGGCCAUGAUCUUUCACAUCUGCAAGCUACAUUUCCAGGGCCACCCGAUACACCGUAUGAAGGAGGUACUUUUAUCAUUGAAAUAAAAAUACCUAACGAGUACCCUUUUCGACCACCUCAAAUGCGUUUCAAGACAAAAUUAUGGCAUCCUAAUGUCAGUAGUCAGACAGGUGCAAUCUGUCUCGACACACUCGGCACUGCUUGGUCACCUGUUCUUACUAUCAAAUCUACGCUGCUCUCCUUACAAUCGCUCCUCACCACACCUGAACCCAAGGAUCCGCAGGAUGCUGAGGUUGCUAAAAUGUUGAUGAAUGACCCCGAGCAGUUCCAGCGUGUAGCACGAGAUUGGGCAAUAAAGUAUGCAGAUGCACCAAGAUCAACUAACUGGGAAAUACAAAGCUCCCGCCACUCAUAUCCAGCCAAGCAAAAACCCUACAGAGCUAUGUCACGAGAAGAAGAAUAUCGUCAACAAGCACUACGAUAUCAAGGCUACAAUAGGAACCUGAUUGAUCGUUUUGUGAACAUGGGUUUUGAUAUUGACCGUGUUGUGGAAGCAUUCAUAUAUGUCAAUAUCGACCGGAAUAGUGGUGAAGAUUAUGAAAUAGAGGAGGCCUACUUGGGGGACAUUACCGCUAGGCUUUUGGGGGAAGCUUGA